CAAUGACGACCACUCACACACCUCCAAACGCCCCAGUGCUGUUGUCUUUUGCCGAUACCGACGCCCUCGUCGAGUCAUUGGCAGCCUUCGUGGCCAAGGCACAGAAGGAGGCCAUCGAUAAGAAGGGCAAGUUCACGAUUGCCCUUUCAGGUGGAUCUCUGCCCAAAAUGCUACGAGGGCUCAUCGGGAACCCAGGGAUCAAGUGGAGUAACUGGCAUGUGUACUAUGUCGAUGAGCGCGUUGUACCCCUUGAUCAUGCCGACUCUAACCACCGGGCCUGCACCGAAGUUCUGUUCUCCAAGGUUGACAUCCCUAAGGAGCAGAUCCAUGCCCUCGAUCCCUCGUUGCUCGACGAUAUUGAAGCCCUCUCCGAUGCCUACGAGACCGAACUCAUCCGUGAGUUCGCUCAGAAGGAUGCGGCCCGCUUCCCCGUCUUCGACCUCAUCCUCUUGGGAAUGGGACCCGAUGGGCACACGGCAUCCCUCUUCCCCGGUCAUUCGCUGCUCUCAGAGUCAGACAGAUGGGUCGCCUACCUCGAGGACUCCCCAAAGCCUCCUCCUAAGCGCAUCACUCUGACCUUCCCCGUCAUCAACCAUGCAGCUCGGGUCGCAUUCGUCGCAGCUGGUGGUGAAAAGGCAGACAUGCUUGCCCAGAUCCUCGACAACCCUGAGACUGGUCUCCCGGCUGCUCGCGUCAGACCGGCCUUCCCGGGCACCCUCCACUGGUUCUGCGACGACGCCGCCACGUCCAAGCUCGCCUACCCCAAGACCCCCUUUCGUCUCUGAACUUGUCGGACACAGUCGCUUAUGAAUUAUUCCUUGAAUUAUUCCCAGAUCUCUCGUGCCGAGAGCGUAUGUCCAUCCUUUUCGUUCUUCGUCUGGAACUCUUGAUUCAAAAGAACCGUAUCUGAA